AUGUCACCUCCUCCAAGAAGACACAUUAUGAUUGCCGCUGAAGAAUGGAUCCCCUGGACCAAAUUUACUGAGACAGACAAAGGCAUCAUUAAAAUCACUGGACCUAUGGGUAACCUCCUUGAGAUAUUUGCUGAGAGAAUGAAUUUCGAAUACGAGCUGGUUCGUCCACUUGACUCAUUGUGGGGAAUUAAACUGGAGAACGGGUCCUGGAACGGAAUGAUGGGUCAGGUCUACAGGAAUGAGGUGGAGUUCGCUCUGGGCCCCUUCGCUGUAACUCCUCAAAGGGCAAACGCCAUCGACUUCUCUGUAGCCGUCCAUAGCGACAACCAAGCCAUCAUCAUGACUAGACCCACUCUCCAGAACGAUAUCGCUGGGUUCGUCAAGCCUUUCAGCAAGGAGGUGUGGAUUCUGAUUAUAAUGAGUCUCCUUAGUGUGAGUCUGGCCAUGGUGCUGCUGGAGGCGCUGGAGGGAUGGAUCUUCAGCAUCACCACACGGAAGGCUGUACCCAAGAUUCUCAUGUGGAUGUUACAGACUCUCACCCAGGAGAACCCGCGGUGGCUGCCGAAAUGGGAUGGAAGCCGCCUGAUAGUGAUCACCUGGCUCCUGGCAUCCUUCGUCUUCACCUCCUCCUACAGCGGGAUCCUGACGGCCAUGCUGACGGUGCCACGGGUCACUAUACCCAUCGACUCCCUGGCUGACCUAGUGGCCCAGUCUCACCUGCCCUGGCGCCUCGAGUCUGGUGCCAUGAUGCUGACAUACCUCCAGGAAUCUGAGGACGAGGUGCGACGUAAGGCCUUCACUGGGAUGUCUGCCACCAUCCCAGACUGCUGGUCGGCGAGGCAAGGCAUCGCUAGUGGCAAAUUUGCUGCUAUCUGCGACGAGACUACCAUGAGGAAGUCUAUAUCAUGGGAUUUCAGCACCAGCGGCCAGUGUCACCUGUACAUAGCCAGGGAGAGAGUCUACUCCAACCUAAUGAUGUGUUUGGCCUUCAAGAUCAACUCAACUUACCUGGAGAAGGCGAACAGUAUCAUUGAGAUGUUGCGUGACACGGGAGUGUUGUCCAAGUGGCUUGAAAAUGAGAUCACCAACACCAGCCAGUGUCUGCGUCCCCCGGCCUACGACCGCGGCCACGGCAUUCAGCCCUUGGGCCUUGACUUAAUCCUUGGUCCUUUGCUCAUUGUGCUUGCAGGUUUGUCGCUGGCUCUUCAUGUAUUUGCUGGAGAACACUUGAUUCAUACAAGAUCAGCAAGUACAGGGACUAAGCCCAAAACUUCGGAGGAAAUUCAUAAUCUUGGCGCAUACUGGACCCGAGCUCAGUAUGCACCAAGCAUUCCCCCUCUGGAUGGCCACAUUGAGACUCUGGAACGUGGAAGUGGCCACCCUUGA